UCACUUUUCGCUGUGUGAGGCUGCGCGAUCGGUGCGACGCACAGCCACUCGUGACUCGCGAAUUGUGACUUGAUCGAUUCCAUCAUCGCCAUUGUGUACAUCCACAUCCAUCGAAUAGACCAACGGCACUUGCCGCCCACAUAGACCCUCGCGCACGAGCUCAGCGCUUCGAGAGAAUCUUUCUCACGCCAUCGACGUUGCGCUCCGACUUUUGCCUCACAACGAUUACAACCAGUGCGUUUUGCACACCCACACGACCGCGAACGCCUGCGCGACUGCCCUCGUCGCCUAGCGAUGCUGCUCACACACGGCACACCGGAUCCAUUGCGGUCCAUUCGAUCUGCCAUCGACGCGGAAGAGUCUGGCAAUCAUGUGGUGCGGGUCGCUGAAGAAGGCACGGGAGAGACGUACGAUUUGACCUUGUCCCACUCUUCGCCGUACGUCGGAUCAUCUUCAUCGCCUUAUGGUUCAUCUCGUCAUCACCAGCAGGUGCGCGACCAGAGAGGCAACUUGGUCGACGAGCAGGCAAGGGCAGAAGGUGCCAAGCAUGUUUCCAAGCACAGCGAAAAGGCCGAACGAACAGCGGACAACGAUGCCGUGUAUGCACCCGAACAGCGCAACGCCGACGAUGACUCUCCCACCGCAUUGUCAGAGUCGCACUCUUCGUCCGGUGGCUCUCAAUCUCAUGGUCGUCGCAUCCUUCAGCUGCCCCAGAUUGUGAGCAAGAGGGCGAGCGUCAUGGGCGACAAACCAGCAGGGAGCACAUACAAUCUCAACCCUGGCAAACGGGGCUCGCAGGGAGGCGCGACUGCUCUCAACGAGAGCGACUCUGUGGAUGCAAGUCACAGCAGUGCUCGCAGGGAAGUGUCUCAAGUCGGACAGUCGCCAUACGUGCACCCUUUCACUGCGCCGCCCAGGUCUCAUCCUAUGAUCGGCGAGCUGCCUCCCAGUCCACCACUCGAGGCAGACCACAUCAACAAUAGCAGCAGCAGUCAAGACGGUCCUCUUGGCUUUGCAUAUCAUAGUCCAGCCAUCUCUCCAAAGACACAACCCGAACAUCCCUUUGCUAGCUGGUCGGAUGCCAACGGUCCGGCUCCAUCCGGCACCUUCAAGACGUCAUCUGCAUCUGCGUCUGCCUCGGCGUCCGCAUCCGCUGCCACAUCCACAUCCGCCCAGCGUCACGUACAUCCACUACAAGCCAGCUCAUCCAGCACCAAGUCUCACCCACCCAUCUCGGCUGCUCACCUGCAUGCCUCGCGACGCUCCGCAAGCUCAGUCUCGGCUGCGAGCACCGCUUACAUGACAGCGUCGGACGAAGAGUCGUCUGCCGACCAUCGCCCUCAGGCAGCGCGUUCCAAGACGCAAGGAGAGGGCAUGCUCAUGCCGCCUGCUGAUGCUGCGAAUAACGCUACCAGAAGUGGUCAGGUUCGAGGCGCUUCGCGUCGCAACACUGCCGGAUCGGGAGUCAAGCGGCCUCAAUCAUCCAGCAGCAUCGGCACGCAACGAAGCCGACGGUCAUCACGUGAGAGGGAAGUGUCUGCUGCAUCGACCAGUGGCGCGCACGAGGGGGCAGCAAACGCUACAUCCAGCGCUGGUGGCUCGAACGCUUACUCCGCUAGCGGCGCGCCUUUGCGAACUGGAGAUGCAGGGCUGGACGAAGAGAUGGCAAAGCAGGCUGAAGCGAUUCGGAAAGACCGAGAGAAGCGAGCUCGAGCUGCCAGAGAGGCUGCGGAGCAACGAGUCGGCGAUGAGGAAGGCACACCGGAAGGCGGCGGCCCUCUGAUGCGACGAAAAAGCAACGCUAGGCGCGACACGCUUGGACAUUCUAGCGUUGGAGGAGCGGACGAACCUCGAGCACUGGUGGGAAACAUCAUCGGAGAAGGACAUGCAAAUUACGUUCUCAUGUACAAUAUGCUCACGGGCAUUCGGAUCGGGGUGUCGAGGUGCCAAGCUAAACCCGCUCGACCCCUCACCGAAGCGGACUUUUCAGCCAGGCACAAGUUCACGUUCGACAUUAUCGGCAACGAGCUGACACCGUCUGCCAAGUACGACUUCAAGUUCAAGGAUUACGCUCCCUGGGUUUUCAGGGAUCUCCGAGAGUACUUCCACCUGGACCCAGCCGACUACCUCUUGUCGCUCACCGCCAAGUACAUUCUCUCUGAGCUAGGUUCGCCGGGCAAGAGCGGCUCCUUUUUUUACUUUUCGAGAGAUUACAGAUUCAUCAUCAAGACGAUCCGGCAUGGAGAACACAAGUUUUUGCUGAGGAUACUGCAGGAAUACCACGCGCACAUCAAGAGCAACCCGCACACGCUACUCUCGAGGUUCUACGGCUUGCAUCGAGUCAAGCUGCCGAGAGGUCGCAAGAUCCACUUUGUCAUCAUGAACAAUCUCUUUCCCCCGCAUCGCGAUGUGCACGAGACGUACGAUCUCAAGGGGAGCGCCAUCGGGCGAGAGUAUCCGGAAGCGAAAGCGGCAGAGAAAAGGGGCGCGGUGCUAAAGGACCUGAAUUGGAUUCAUCGGGGUAGAGAGCUGGAGCUUGGUCCUAUCAAGAAAAAGAUGCUCGAAGAGCAACUGGAAAGCGACGUCAAGCUGCUGCAAAAGCUGCGCAUCAUGGACUACUCCUUGCUGAUUGGUCUGCACGAUAUGAAGAGGGGCAACAGGGAGAACCUGAGGCAGGAUGCGCUUCAAGUAUUCCAGCCCGACACUGCGGGUGCUGGCAACAAGGAAGGUGCGCCGGCCAAUGCUCCGAACGCUACCGCCAAGGAAGCUCAGGCGCAGAUCGGCAAGAUUCAAACGAAGGGCUUUGGGCCGGAUAUGAUAGUAUCCAGCCCCAUCAGCGCCACCGGUCCCAUGCCCCCCGAGGCGGCGUCAUCGUCUGCGAGUGACGGGCGGUCGAGCUCGACGUACGAGUCUUCGCCAAACUUGGUAGCGCUGGCUCAUGCGCCCCAGACGCAAAAUCAACCUUCGUUUGGCGCUGCUGCCAUCGCAGCCGAAUCCGUGCCCUCUUUGAGUCUGCCUUCUACUUCGACGGUGCAGGGACAGCCGCAAGUAGCGGCUCCUCCUCCGCAGGUGCUCGUCUCGCAGCCCAGCCCCUCCGGCUCGCCCAGCCCUACGCGAUCGAACUCUGUUCCCAUCUCGUCCACCUCGCCUUUGCCAGUGCAUCCACUGAACAGGGCGGUAACGAAGCGCACGAGCGCGACGAGCGCCGCUCAUGCAAAGGAAGAAGCGCAUGCGCUUAGGGCUGCAGUGAGGCGAUCGGAUCCGAAGGCCUUGACCAGCGGAUCGGAUGGCGCGGUGCCGCUGCUUGAAGAGAGGGAGGCGGUCAAUCAGCAACAGAUGCACCUGCAGCAAUUCCACUUUUACCAAGACGAAGGAGGCUUUAGGUCGACGGACCAGAACAAUCAUCCCACCGAUUUUAUAUACUACUUUGGAAUCAUCGAUACGCUGACGCUGUACAAUAGCGUCAAGCGGGGAGAACAUUACUGGAAGAGCUUGCUGAACAACAAGCACAUGAUCUCCAGUGUUCCGCCUGUAGAGUACGGCGAGAGGUUCAAAGACUUUUUGCUCUCCGUCAUCAAGGGUGGAGACAAGAGCAAAAGACCUAGAAUGGAGUAGGCCUACUACGCGACUCGUUCGGAGCGCGGGCACGCCUUAGCGCCCACCGAUAGAUGUUCAGCGCUCUCUUUUUGUGUCGCCUCGCUCGUGGUCGCUCUUUCGUCCUUUGUCAUCAUCCACCUCUUGCCCGGCUCCACACCUUCCUUGUUGCCACUGCACUCUUUCAUUCACGCUUCACUUGUCAUUCUCAUGCACAUCAACGUC